UGUGGGUGUUUGUUUAAGCUAAGGCGCCGUGGCCACAUGACCGCCUUGUUCGUGGUUUAUGUGCUAACGUUAGCCAACGCAAAUCUAGUAGCUACGCAUCGUGCGCAUAACUGCGCUGAGUCCUUGUGGAUCUAAAAUAGCAAUUCGGGGGGAAAAGCACAAUGCCAGAGCCGGCGGAUAUGAGUGGUCCAGAGGUUGCGAAGACGCCGGGGGGCAGCAGCGCCCCAGGGAAGGAUGGGAAGGAGCCGGUGGCCAAUGGGCACGGGGAGAGCGAGCCCAAUCCAUUCGCAGAGUAUAUGUGGAUGGAGAACGAGGAGGAGUACAACCGACAGGUGGAGGAGGAGCUGUUGGAGCAGGAGUUCCUGGAACGCUGUUUCCAGGAGAUGCUAGACGAGGAGGAUCAGGAUUGGUUCAUUCCAGCAAGGGACCUCCCCUCGGGGGUGGGGCAGAUACAGCAGCAGCUCAACGGGCUGUCCGUCAACGACUGCAACACCGAUGACAUCGUGCGCAAAAGCAGCUUAAACCCAGAGGCAAAGGAGUUUGUCCCGGGCGUGAAAUAUUAGGGUCCUACCCCCACCAGGGGGCACCCUCACAGAGACUCUGGUGAUCGUCACUAUGGCGGUCAUACCUGCACUCGGGACAGGGGCGUGUGGGAGACACGGCGAGGGAAAAACAACAACGACAAAAAAAACUCUUCGAUAAGCUUUUUAUUUCCGUUUGUUUCAAGUGUAAACUGGGAGGGUGGUGGGGAGGGGGGGGGGGCGGGCAGGCAGGCACCAUGUUCUGUCGGACACAAGAGAUAUAGCAUCAUACUCUGUGUAGAGCCUUUUUUUCUUUGUUUUGUUUUCUCCUCUUUUCAAUUAAAAGGGCCGAUCACGUGAGUUCUUGUGGCUAGCAGUAUGUCCCUGAUCAGGUUGUAUCUUUCUCCCCGUUUUUGUUUUGCGUCUUUAGGACAGUGGUGUUCACUGCUGGGGAGGGAGGGGGGAGGAGAAGGGUUUGGUUACCAAACAUGACGGACGCAUACACACCUACUUGCACGCACGCACGCACACUCACAGACACGUACGUACACACACACAUGCACACAUACAAAUACACAAACACAAACGCUCACAUGCACGCACACACACGUGCACACAUACAAAUACACAAACACACAUGCUCACAUGCGCGCGCACACACGUGCACACACAUGGGUCAGACAGUCGAUCUUGCUAAAUCCAUAGGAAAAGCCUGCGGGGGAUUUACACAGAAAUCUUUUUUUUUUUUUUUUUUUUUUGAAAGUCAGGAUACUGACACAAAGUACGAAUUUCAUUAAAAAAAGGAAGAAAAAAAGACAAAUAAAGAUAAAAAUGGGUACCCUUUGGACCAUCA